AAACGUAGUCACAUUACAGAUAGGGUCGUCAGUGUGUUCGAGAGUGGCUUCUCGGAUGGGAAGCGUUUAGUCGUACUCGGGUAAACCUUGAGGCAUCUUCGUACCGCGUGUCAUGGCCUCAGGAAGACAAGAGUUCGCGUAGUUAAAAUAAAUCUUUUUUCUUAAUUCCACGUACUGUACUUCAAAAGAAAUAUUAAACCUGUUAGUGUCCAUCAGCAAGUGGAAGGUGUUCAAGAUAAUCCGAGAAGUAAUCACUGCAUCCAGCACCAGGUAUACUUUCUGGACGCCAGGUAAACCUGCCCGACCACUCGACCAGAAGUGACACACCUAGGAGACGAGUUUCGGUCGCUUCUUACAUUACUCCAAGAACCUAAAGUGCGUGGAAAUAUCAAUCUUCAAAUUGACUGGACAUAUAAGAUUGUCGUACGAAAUACAUGCAGUAGAAUUGACGAUAUUUAAUAAAUAUCAACUCGGAGAGAAAAACUGUGAGAAAUAAGUGUCACGUAUGAGUUUAAUUCUGCUGUAUGUAUGAUGCAUAAAAGAAUGCAACUACAAGAGGUUAUCUCGUACACGUAAAGUAACCUGAGGAUAUCAGGAGACAGAAUGGUCGUUGGGAAGGAAGGGAAAAGUUUACCUGUCGAGUCCUCUAUUGGUUCUUUUUUUACGUAAAUGAUCACUCGUACCACGGUGUCUUCUACUUCUUCUUGUUGGAUAUUCAGAGGGAUGACGCUUCCUCGCUGCCGUGCACCACGAUUUGAGAAAAGUACUUUCGAAUAUUGAGCUCACCAAUGCCGAAGUCCUCCGCUAAGUGGACAUUUUGGAGUACAUGAUUCCUGUGUAUCGAGCAGCAAUGAGAGCAAUCAACAAGACACUCUCUAAGGCCCAGAAAUUCCUUUGCAGGAAGACGGACAGGUCGGCCGUCCGUGAAGCUAAGAAGGAAGACGAGAAAGGGAAGCGGAAGCGAAGUACCGCAAUAGUCAAGGAUACAAUCCCAGAGGGAGAGGAGGACUUCCAGCAAGAUAGCAAACGCAAAACCAUGGAGUAUCCAAUAGUGCCAAAAGGUGACGCACGUGUACCAAAAGUGACACCUAUCACCGACGACUAUGAGAUCAGUAACCACGUAUUGGGUCUCGGUAUAAACGGCAAGGUGGUCCAAUGCUACGACAGGAACACCCGCGAGAAAUACGCUCUGAAGGUUUUACACGAUUGCGUAAAAGCUAGAAGAGAAGUCGAAUUACACUGGAGAGCAUCGAACUGCCGGCACAUCGUACAAGUUCGAGAUGUCUAUGAGAAUUCGUACAGCGGAAACAAGUGUUUAUUGGUGGUAAUGGAAUGUAUGGAGGGAGGAGAACUGUUCCAGAGGAUACAAGACCGACAGGACGGUGCCUUCACGGAGAGAGAGGCCGCACAAAUAAUGUACGAGAUUUGCGUGGCGGUUAAACAUCUCCACGACAUGAAUAUUGCUCACAGGGAUCUCAAGCCUGAAAACCUUCUCUACUCUAAGCCUGACAGCACUGGGAUCCUGAAGCUUACGGACUUUGGUUUCGCCAAGGAAACGCACUUGAAAGACACGUUGCAGACGCCCUGCUAUACGCCUUAUUAUGUCGCGCCAGAAGUUCUGGGACCUGAAAAAUACGACAAGAGUUGUGACAUCUGGUCACUUGGAGUGAUAAUGUACAUACUACUGUGCGGCUUCCCACCGUUUUACAGUAAUCACGGCUUGGCUAUCUCGCCAGGUAUGAAAAAGAGGAUUCGAUUAGGACAAUACGAUUUUCCAUCGCCAGAGUGGGCGAACGUCAGCACCGAGGCUCGAGAUUUGAUUAAAGGGAUGCUGUGCACUGAUCCUGGUCUAAGGUUGCAGAUCGAUCAAGUGAUGCGUAACAAAUGGAUUAAUAAGCACACCGAAGUGCCCGCUACGCCAUUGCACACUAGGCGCGUCUUACGCGAGGGCGAGGAACUCUGGCCGGAAGUUCAGGAGGAAAUGACUCGUUCUCUGGCGACGAUGCGCGUCGAUUACGAUACAGCUGGUCUUAAGCAACUGGAUCACACGAACAAUCCUCUUCUUAAUAAACGUAGACGAGCGAAACAGGCGACUGCUGUACCGACGCCAGCCGCCAAUCCUACGCCUGCAUCCUAGGAUGACGUCCCUAUCUUGAGGCACAAUCGUAAUUGGAAUAUCUUUUUGCGCAGAUGUAUUACGUAUAGCUUGUUUACUGUGAGAAUAGUCUUUUGACGGUUACGUCUUACAAACAGGGACAGCUUACAAGCUAGAAUUAUUUUAAGGGGGAUGUAAGCAGUACAGUAGAUUGUGGAUCGGAGUUCCUUUCGAAGUGAGAAGUAAGCAAAGUGGGCACUAGAGCACUAGCUGGAUGUUUGGUGGCUAUACAGAUAAAGUAUCAGAAAUUGAUAUUUUGUUAGACAGAAGCAAGAGUAUAAUGGUACGAGAUGGACAGCAGAAUCUAACAAAGCUGUAGCAGUACAUAGGAGGUGCUGGAUAUCGAACAAUUGUGAGUUUAUUGAUUCCAUCGGAGUUCAUUUAUAUUAUAUAUUUACGGACUGGAUUUCAAGGCCUUUUGGUGUAUAAGAGUGACCUUUAACAAUCCGUUCUUUAAAGAUAUUAUGUAGUGAAGAUCCAAACAGUAAUGUGACUAAAAUCGAAAAUGAGAUUCCUUACGAGCCUGUUCCUGUAUUUCAUUGAGAGUCAUCGACAGUCAAUUAGUAGCUCAACUGAAUUCGCUUUUCUAUUUGACAUGCAUUUGUAGCAAGUAGAAAGAUAUCGAAUAGUAAUUGCCUUACAUAUAUAUCUAUAUAUAAAUUAUCAAUUUAAUAUUCUGUAAACCGUCCAAGUUCACCGUAAGCGCGUUAAAGUUUACUUGAUUUUAGUCACAUAACCGAAUUUUAAUACGCAUCUAAUGCAGCAUAGAGAUGGUAUCGCUAGUUGAAUUAAAUUAGCAUAAACAAUAUAUAUAUAUAUAUAUAUAUUUCGUAUGUACAUAAUAUACUACGAUGAAGCCUGUUGUUGCCCUGUAUUCGAUAUAUAAAAACGAGAAAAGCUAAUGAAUUGAUAAUGAAUUAAUAGUGAGGUUACAAAUUGUAUAUUUUUUAAUGAAAGUUCUGACUGAGGCUGAGUAUGAUUAAGAAAUUAUGUCCAGUAGUUCAAUGGAUGCUCAUAUACAUCAUUUUAGACAUUAGUGGUUAUAAAUAUUUAUAUGAAAAUAAUUAUUUUUAAUUGUGCUGGAGCUAUGUAGACCCACACUAGAACUUGCACCACGUGUACGUUGCCCAAUUGACUGUUAAGAGUGAGGUAAAAUAUUUCAUUAGAAAAGCGCGGUAAAUUCGCAUUCACAGUCUAAUGGAUUCUUGCAUUAGAUCAUGAGCCUGAUAUCCUAAACAGGAAUGUUUUAUCAAUUAAAUCGCAUGAAGAGUAAUAAUUGAAUUGGUUUUUGCGCAACUGGUUUGAUAGAAACAACAUGUUGAUAAACACAAAGUUCUAGACAUUGAUGGAAAGUGAUGAUUAGAUUCACAUAGUAGAAUUUUUGUACAUAUCGGGAAUUGCAACACAGUGUUCUGAUAUGCGACGAGUGAAACCUCUCCUUCGUAUGUCAAAUAAUGUCACAUGAUACAUUUUUGUAUAUUAGAUGUGAGUGCAUUACUACUAGAUGAAAUUUGAAAGUGCUUUUACACAAGUGAUAAGAGAUCCUAUGGUGUUUGGUAACACACAUAAAAGGAAUACACAAUAUGGAUUGUUUGGUUUGUCGGUUAGCAAUGCAUUUAUCGAAGCUGACAAUAAGCACAAUUAUUAUUUUAAUUACUAUGAAUAUUGAUGAACGCCUUGGAUCACAGUUGAUUGUAUUUUGUUAAUUGGGUAAUGAUAUUCAUUGGAUAUUUUAUCCCUUGGACCUUGUAACAACACAAGGAAUAGAGUUUAUAUUAGUAAGAUUAUUAUUGCUGAUGAAUUAAUGGUUAUUGACUGUUCUAACUAGUGCUGCGGUAGUUUCGUUUCUUCUGGGGAUGAUGUUCCAUUCUAGUGCAUGUGUGUAUUAGUAACUUUUAGGAUAUAUUUUUGUAUAAUUGAUCAAAAUCUAUAUAAUCAAGAUCACAAACCCAUCGAUAUAGACAAACCCUUGGUCAGGAAUAUACAGCCAGGAGUAAAUGGUAAUGUUUCUUCUUUUCUUUUUGCGAGUUCUACUUAUUAUUACAAUAGCAUUAAUGUCUAAACUUUUAAGUGAUAAGAACCAUUUUGAAAUUGAACUUAAGUAUUUAAUUCUAUCCGCUGUCAGUAUAAAGACAUUUUAGAAAGCACGAGAAAAUCUUACUUUGUAAUGAUAUUGUUGGAAAAGAAAUGAAUAAAUUCAAUUUCGAUAUUCUUUCUCGUAUAUUAGUGCAUACAGAGAUGAGUAGGGAAAUUGCUAAUGUCCUGA